AUGAUGCUGGCAGAGACUUUCUUAACAACCUCCGUUUCCGAUGACAUCCUACGCAUACAGAAUUACACCCUGGUCAGACGCGACAGGCCAACUCAUGGCGGAGGCUUAGCAGCAUAUGUAAGAGAUCAUCUCCGAGCCCGAAUUGUGAAGGCUGACACCCAGGUGGAAAUGCUUAUGUUAGAGGUCAGUGGGCAGCGUUCCAAGGUUCUCCUUGGUGGUGUAUACCGUCCUCCAGGCACUCCUGUGCAAUUCUGGCAAGACUUGACGAAUGCACUGGACACUGUCAUCUCCACACUUCCCACGUCACCUCUGGUCCUUGUUGGAGACUUCAAUGUCGAUGUAAGUUCCCGCGACAGCCCCCAGCUAAACAGCUUGCUGCACCUGUGUAAUUCUUUCGACAUCAAGAACCAAGUGGACAGUCCUACCAGAAUUGGACCCCAAGGCAGCCAAACAACCCUGGAUAUCGCUCUGGUCGGAGACGAUCAUGUGAACUCUUGUGUCGUAGUGCCUUGUACAAUCAGUGACCACUUCGCUCUGGCACUUGAUUUGCGACUCACAACGUCCUGCACACCGACCGUGCGACGUGGCCGUAACAUUGCAAGAAUUGAUAUGGGUCAAUUUGCACACUACCUUCUAAAUAGCGAUCUAGAGAACUUCUGCUUUGCGCGGACAGAAGAUGAAAUGUGGGAUAUGUGGCUGGAGAAACUUGUCGCGGCCUUGAACACUCAUGCUCCUAUCCGUCUACACCGCCCAAGAGCUCCUACCCGGAAAUCCUUCCCCUGGAAGACGCCAGCUCUACAUGACCUAGUCCAGCGACGUGACACGGCCCAUCGACGGUGGAAAGCAUCACCUGCAGACCCGGCACUACGCAAUGUCUUCACUUCUGCCCGAGACGAAGCCAAGCGUAUGUCACGACAUCUCCGAGCCACCUACUUUAGGGACCUUCUUGCUGCUAGUCAGGCCAACGCACGAAAAACCUGGCAGACCAUCAACUACCUCAGCGGUCGUAACAAGUCCUCAGUUCCACCAGCCGUCAGUGUCUCACAGCUCAGUGACCAAUUCAGCGGUGUUGUGUCAGACCCAACUAGACCACUACGUCUCUCAGCCCCAUUGGGUCCCACAAAGAAGGAAUGCCUCGAAGAAUUUGCUCCAGCAAGUGUGCAAGAGAUCGCUAAGCUGCUCUCCAACAUCGACGUGCGCAAAGCUGCAGGCAGCGAUCAGGUUCCAGCUGCAAUCCUCAAACACUGUUCUCCUGUCCUUGCACCGUCCCUCACCAUACUAAUCAAUGCAUCUCUGGCUUCUGGUGUUGUUCCUGCAUCUCUGAAGAUUGCGGAUGUUCGUCCCUUCUUCAAGUCAGGCGACAAAGCUGUCGCUAAGAACUAUAGACCAAUAUCGUUAUUACCAAUAGUUUCCAAAGUCCUAGAACGGGUAGUCCACACGAGACUCUGGAUACUACACCUCACUACAGAGCAGAACCUCAAUACAGAGAAGAACCUCACUACAGAGCAGAACCUCACUACAGAGCAGAACCUCACUACAGAGCAGAACCUCACUACAGAGCAGAACCUCACUUCAGAGCAGAACCUCACUACAGAGCAGAACCUCACUACAGAGCAGAACCACACUACAGUGAGGGCUGUGUCCCACCCGCAUGUGUGCAUUCACAGGAAGUGUGAGUUACGAAGUCUGAAGAAAAUGUUGAACGGUCUCUGGUGGGACGAUGACUACACCGUAGCUCAGUGGCAAUCAGAUUGCGAAGAGCUGCGCUUCGGUCCUCUGAGCUGUGCUGAUGAGCUCUAA